AUGAAUACACUCUUCCGUCCUGCGUCAAGCCUAAAGUGGCCAAUCGCGACGCGCCAUGGAGUGAAGAAGAAAAGGACUUUCCCAACUCUACGGAAGAGAGUCGCUUGGGGAAUCCCAAGAAGGGAAAGGAAAAGAAAAACAGAAGAAAGGACAGAAGAAACAGUUAAAGUUAACCUCCAUUUAGACCGAAAAAAUGUUAACACCACGAAUUUGAUAAAUUAUAUAGGGGAUAACAAAAAGUUGUUACUGUAUGCAUUGUGCCAGGCGUACAGAAAAGGAGAAAAGGAAUUGAGAGGAAAGAGACUGGAUGACCUGAUUGAACAUUUGUGUGAAAAGGUAAUCACGAAAGAAGGGGGUCUACACUUGAGGGAGAAAUUGCUCUACCUUAGCUGUCUCCCCUCGAAGAGCUACGCUGAGAGGAUUACCUUCACGAGAGGCGAUAUGAAGGAUGGACGGUUACCCCCAGGGAGAAGCGGUUCGAUAGGAAGCGCCAAAGGGAGACAAAACAUCCACAGAAAACUCAUCGAAUGGAUAAAUCACAAAAACGCAUUUAACUAUUACUGUACAGUUUUAAAAAAAAGGAAAAACAACAGCCUGGAUGAUGACGAAAUAGACGAAGAUGUCUCCAAUUUUUUUCUCAAAAAAUUAAACGCACCUUUGGUCAGUGCCAUUUCGAUAUACCUUCAGAAUGUGGCCUACCUGAACAGCAAGCUAGCCAUUCGAACCAACAGCCUCUACCUCCUAAUCACGUUUAUGUUAAAGUAUGUAAGGCAUAAAACAAACAGGCGCAUAUCUAUGAUGCAUCUAUGUAAGCACACCGAAUUGCUAACCUCCGUAAUGAAUGCAGCAAAGAUUAAAAUUGAGAAAAAUAACAGAGAUGCGGAAAAAGAUGUUGACGUGAUGAAUAAGCUCAGAAUGAUGAACAAGAAUGAGUAUCCCCUGGACACUUCUUCCUUCGUCAACAUGUGCUGGGAGGUCGUGGGUACACGGGGAAAGGCCGAGCUUGCCUCCGCUCUGGGCAACAACUUGGCCUACAUCACUGGAAACUUUUACCACUAUUUUAAUAUAUACGAGUUUGAGUGUCAGAGGGAAGGAUCGUCAGCAGGGGGAGGCACCUCCAAUGAAGCGACGAACAUAGGACAAGUGGAGGUAGCUAACGAGGAGGAAGUCCCACCCGGUCUAGGAAGCCAACCGGGAAGGCUUAGCAACCUGUCGGAGGCAACCGAAAAUAAAGAUGUGAUGACCCGGCAGAUCAUCUACAUGAUUUACUUCGUAAACCAUGCACUAGUUUGCUCCCUAAACAAGUUGAUAAGGAAUUAUAAAAAGGGAAGUUCAAGUGAAAGAAAUUCAGGCGAAGGAAUUUCAACCAAACGAGCCCCUUGCCAGGGAACCUCGUGUAAAGGAACUUCAAAUGGGCGUUUUCCACCCCAUGUGGAAGGAGAAACGAUACGCAUAAUUACAAAUUACAUGUUCACUUGUCUACCUUACGACAUUUUCUGUAAGACGCUUUUUAAUAAAUUGGAGCAACUCAUCAUUCGUAUGGGAGCACUGGACAGGAAGUUGCCAGAGUUCUCGUUGCCUCCAUCUACUCUGGUUCAGCUCAUUCACCUGAUGAGCAUACAAUACAAUGCCGUUCACGUGGAUGACGGUGUCAAUUCGUUUUUGUGGAAAAAUUGCCUCACUGAAAUCUUCUCAAAUGAUUGCAAGUUAUUAACCAAAAAGGAUAAAAUUUUACUGUACAUAAGUAUAUCUAAAAAUUUCUUCUUGAAGAAAAAGAAGAGUUACUUGUUUAAAUUAAAUUCCAUUUUGUUCCCCGAGUUGGGAAAUUUUACUUAUCGAGAUUUGUACAGCCUGGUUUAUUCCAUCAGCUGCUCGAAGUUUUGCGAUUUGCCAUUUUUUGAGGCCCUCCUCAGGAGCAUUCACAAGUUGAGGCACAAGUAUUGCAGCCGCAAGUUGUGGACAAUUUUGUCCAUUUUCCAGCCGUUCGAUCUGAACAUGUCCAUUUUUAACAUGCUCCUCAGUUACGCCAACUGCGACGGCACCGAACAGAAGAGGAACAAGAAGAAAGAAAAGCUAGAAGAGCCUUUCGAACAGCACACCGCCAACGAAGAUGCUAAGAAGUUGGAGGAAGAUUUAGAGAACAAGGAGAGAAUCUUAAAGGAGUUAGCCGCACAUAUUAGGGAGAAUCACAGCAGCGAAUGUUUCUCAUUUAGCGAGUCAGAUAUGCUGGAGUUCCAUUCUGAGGAUAACGCUUUAAGGUGGCAAGGGCCUGGCGAUGGGUAA